AUGAAACUGGCGAAAUGUGUAGCCUUCUUGAACGUGCUAAACCUAGUAACAGGGGACAAGAAUAAAAAUAUAAUAAAGGAUGAAAAGGAGGUGUUUAAAAAAAUUAAUAGUAAGCUGACAGCCAACAGAGCUGAAAACUACGAUAAAUUCUGGGAUUCCGUGAACAACUCAUUCGCAAAAAUCAACUUAACUCUGAAUAUUGACACUGGUUCGAAUGUAUUGGACAAAUACCUCAACUUGUGUAGCUUGAUGCAGAAGCUGACCUGGGGAAACAAACUGUUUAUAAAGGCGAUAAACAAGGAGGAAUCCCACAUUAUUUCAGACUGUUACAAUAAGACUGACGAGGGGGACUACCUGCUUUUAAUUGACGAUACACCUCGAGUUCCAGACGUCUCCACUGACAGUUUGUCAAACUUUCCAUUCGACAAUAGGAACAUAAUCGCCAGGGUUUUAAACAAACUGAGGAGUUCAGACAGAAAUUACAUAGUUUUGACUAAGAAGAGCAUACCCCUGGGAUCGGGCCUCGGAGGAGGAUCCUCAGACGCAGCCACUGUGAUAAAUCAACUGUUUAAAGGGAGACUGUAUGACCUAGCGACGAUCGGGUCCGAUGUGCCCUUUCUAGCGAGCAAAUGUAAGUCCACUGCAUUUAUGAGCCACUCAGGUGACACUGCUUGCGUGUUCGGAAUCGGAGACAAAAUGUACGAAUUUUACAAUAAAAUAUACUCGGACUGGGUGUAUCUGGUGAUUCCACAGGAGAACGUAUCAACUGAGCUCGUUUACAGGAAGGCGCGUGACCUUUUAAAGGGCGGCAAGAUUAGGAAACGCGACAUCCACAGGGUAAUAAUGGAGACGGUCAGGAAGGUCGAGGGACUAGCGGAUAUAAAGGCUCUGGUGCCUGACAACGACUUGGAACGGUGCGUUGAAAACGCAAAAGUGACCAGAUUGAGCAAGAUCCUAAAGAAGGCCUUCAGGAGUUUUGGCAUGACCGGCAGCGGAUGCUCAUUCUUUGUAUUCGCCGACGACGACUCGGAGGUAACCUCUAUACGAGACAAGUAUAAGAAGCCGCUGAUGAUAGUGAAAACAAAGUUUAAGUACGACACAGAGGAGCACGAGUACGAAUAUUUGUAA